GCAAAUAAGCCAUUACAUUUACUGUUAACCAAAUUCGACACUCUCGUUGACCUCCUCCACAAAAACUCCUCGCUAUGGGGAGCAAAAAAAACAAAAUAAACGAAGAGCGCCACCUGCUGAAGAACACUUAUCCCUCUCGCUUUGCAUCUUCCUCUCGGUCAAAAGUCCCAUCCGCCAAAGUGCAGAUAAUGUCAGAUAAGUGCCUGUAAUGUCAAUGAGUCUCACGAAACGAAGACAGCAAUUUAGAAAUGAUCCAAUUGUUUAGCUAACGAGAUAUAUAUAUUUAUACAUUCGGUGGAGAAAUGCAUUUACUCAAGCAAAUAGCUAUUGCAGCAAUAUAGCUACUUAGUUAGACAAUAAGUUCACAUUUCUGGAAUAUUUCCAAAGAUCUUUGUUUUGAAAAAACGGCUUGCUGGCUAGCGAAGUUACCAGUGAAAACAACUGUUAUAAGGCUGUAUUCGGGACGUCUGAGAGAAACAAACUGUCAGCUACAGCAAGGUUAUCAGUUGUUUCCUGGGCGAGGACAAGACAAGUGCUACAACUUUCUGCAUCAGCUCUUCGAGCUGAGCCAGUCCUCAACCAUGGCAGGUGAUCUGCGUGGUGUAGCAGAGCAGGCCAAGACCCUGAAGCCUCAGCGCUCCCUCCCUGGGACGCCCGUCACUAACCCACUCAAACACUUCCCCAUCGACCUGCGUACAUCCAUGGACGGAAAGUACAAGGAGAUUGCAGAGGAGCUGUUCACUCGCAGCCUGACGGAGAGUGAGAUGCGCACCGCUCCUUAUGAGUUCCCUGAGGACAGCCCCAUCGAGCAGCUGGAAGAGAGACGCCAACGCCUGGAGAGGCAGAUCAGCCAGGACAUCAAGCUUGAGCCAGAGAUCCUGCUCCGCGCAAAACAGGAGUUCAUGAAAAUCGACAGUGAUGCCGACCUGGAGUUGAUGAAUCAGGAGGGUGGUGUGGACAGGACCGAUGAUGGCUGGAUGAAGGAGAGAGUCUUACCGAUGGAGCGAGAGUACCAGCGUGUGUCAAUAUCAGGGGAGGAGAAGUGUGGGGUGCCCUUCACAGACCUGGUGGAUGCAGCUAAGUGUGUGGUGAAGGCCCUGUUCAUCAGGGAGAAGUACAUCGCUCUGUCCAUGCAGAACUUCUGUAAGACCACUGCCCGUGAGCUGGGGGAGCUGGGAGAGAAACCCCUGGACCUACGCAUCUAUGAGGAGAUCCCUGAGACCCCCGUUGAUGCAGAUGCUCCAGUCCACCCCCCUGUCUCAGAGACUCACCCCUAUGAAAACCAGGUCACCAAGAACAUGCCUGCAGACACAGGGUACAGCUGUAAGAUGGUGGAUGGGGUCAUGCAUGUCUACACCAAGAAGAGCCCCAUGGAGAAGAGUACAGAGUUGGACCUGCCCUACCCAGACCUGAAGGAGUACAUCGCUGACAUGAAUGUCAUGAUGGCUCUCAUCAUCAACGGACCAGUGAAAUCGUUCUGCUACCGCCGGCUGCAGUACCUCAGCUCUAAGUUCCAGAUGCACAUUCUGCUGAACGAGAUGAAGGAGUUGGCAGCCCAGAAGCAGGUUCCUCACCGCGACUUUUACAACAUUCGCAAGGUGGACACCCACAUCCACGCUUCGUCCUGUAUGAACCAGAAGCACCUUCUGCGCUUUAUCAAGCGGGCCAUGAAGAAGUACCCUGGGGAGAUAGUCCACAUGGAGCACGGGCGGGGACAGACCCUCAUGGAGGUGUUUGAGAACAUGAACCUGACCGCCUUCGACCUGAGUGUGGACACACUGGACAUGCACGCGGACCGCAACACGUUCCAUCGCUUCGACAAGUUCAACGCCAAAUACAACCCCAUCGGAGAAUCCAUCCUGAGAGAGAUCUUCAUCAAGACAGACAACCACAUCGAGGGCAAAUACUUUGGCCACAUGAUCAAGGAGGUGAUGGCUGACCUAGAGGAGAGUAAGUACCAGAACGUGGAGCUGCGUCUGUCCAUCUACGGCCGCUCCCGGGACGAGUGGGACAAGCUGGCCCAGUGGGCCGUCAAACACCAAGUCUACUCUGACAACGUGCGCUGGCUCAUCCAAGUGCCCCGCCUCUUUGAUGUGUACCGAACCAAGAAGCAGCUGGCUAACUUCCAGGAGAUGAUGGAGAACAUCUUUAUGCCUCUGUUUGAGGUCACCAUCAACCCCCGCAGCCACCCUGAGCUGCACCUCUUCCUGCAGCACGUGGUGGGCUUUGACAGCGUGGAUGACGAGUCCAAGCCGGAGCACCACAUCUUCAACAUGGACAGCCCCCUGCCAGCCGACUGGACAGAGGAGGACAACCCUCCCUACUCCUACUACCUCUACUACACCUACGCCAACAUGACCGUGCUCAACCAUCUGCGCAGGAGGCGUGGUUUCCACACGUUGGUGCUGCGCCCUCAUUGCGGGGAGGCGGGGCCUGUCCACCACCUGGUGUCUGGUUUCAUUCUGUCAGAGAACAUCUCCCAUGGGCUGCUGCUCAGGAAGGCUCCAGUGCUGCAGUACCUCUACUACCUGGCUCAGAUUGGCAUCGCCAUGUCCCCCCUGAGCAACAACAGCCUGUUCCUCAGCUACCACCGCAACCCCCUGCCUGAGUAUCUGGCCAGAGGCCUCAUGGUCUCUCUGUCCACUGACGACCCCCUACAGUUCCACUUCACCAAGGAGCCCCUGAUGGAGGAGUACAGCAUCGCCACACAGGUGUGGAAGCUGAGCUCCUGUGACAUGUGUGAGCUGGCCAGGAACAGUGUCCUCAUGAGCGGCUUCUCCCACAAGGCAAAGAGCUACUGGCUGGGGCCCAAAUACAGCAAGGAGGGCCCUGAGAGCAACGACAUCCGUCGCACCAAUGUCCCGGACAUCCGCGUGGCAUACCGCAGUGAGACCCUGCUGGAGGAGCUCAACCUCAUCACCCAUGCUGUGCACACCAAGGAGCUGGACAACAUCGACGAGGAAGACACCCUCUCCAUGGCCCCCGUUGGGGCAGAAGGACACUAAAUCAACAACCCCACCCCGACUUCUAACCCCCGGCCCCUCCCUGCAUGACACUGAGGGGCUGCAGUAUGAGUGGACUCCAGCUUGUUGUUUAACCUCUACCUCUUAUCCCCUUAUCCCCCUCCCACUAGGGAAUUGGACUGUGCACUCGUCUCUCAGCUCUCUUGUACUAAAGCCAAGGAUACAAUGCUCCCUGAGUGGCCCCAUCUCUCUGUCAGUGAUGGGGGUGGUCAGUAUGGACUCAUGUUCCAGUCCCCCCUUCUCCCUCAACCCAGGUUCCCUCUUCAACUCUCUCUGGGUAGCCCCUGUUUUUCCUCUCUACUUCUUUUGACUCCUCCCUAUCUCUCUAAUGCUCACUGUGAGAUUUCAAUCAGCACGGCCAAGGUUGGCAGGGGGAACAUCCAGUGCUUGGAUUAUUUUCUAAUACACAUAUGGGAGGAGAGAGACUGUAGCCUGAAGUCUUUUUUUUCACCUCAUCUGUUCUUCGAUCAGUUCCUGGAUCACUUUCUCUGUAACUUUGAUCUCCUGACCCUUCAAACCAAUACUUCUGCCCUUUGCUUUGUCAUGUGACCCUGCAUGAGAAAAAGGGUCCCACAGUUCAGCCUGUGAUAUGUUGGCAUGUUUGUACCCAUCACCUAUAUUACACACACACACACACACACACACUACACAGUUUAGCUGUCCUGAAAACUGCUCCUCUUCCAUCACACAGUCGUGUUGCCUGAAGCUCAUCUAGUAUCUUAAUAUCUUCACAAUGAAGUAGGGAAGCAGAUACAACUUAACAUAAAUAUAAUGAGGGUGUUGUCCAUGGGUCGCCUAACCUACACAACAUGGACACACCUAAACAAUGCAUAGGUGAAUGUUCCACCCCACAUUGUUCCAACACCCGUUGCGCACUGAUAGGAACAGUCACAUGUAACUUAGAGUUUCAUGGAAACCGCGGUAACAAACUUCUAAUGUAUGGACGUACUGAGUUAAGAAAAAUGGAGAAAGGACCAAAUCUGUGUGGCCUAGAAGCAGAAGUCGUGCACAAGUCCAGUCUCUGCUGCUGGGUAUCCGAUGGCUUUCAUCCUUCUCUGUGCUUCUGGAAGGUUGUAGGGAAUUAUUGGCUAAAUGAGUCCUCUCGGCCGGUCUCCCUGAUCUAAGUCAGCUCUGAAUGAAAUAGCAGGCAGGACAUUCAGCAGAGAAACGGCAGCAGCCAUCAGGGCAUGGAGCUGUGUACCUGACUGGUCUAGUGCAAACAUUCCAUUAAAGUAAUAUUAAGAUCAAUGUUAUUUUUAUUUAACAAAUCACAUUAGUUAUAGAAUAUGCAGACACAAAUAGUAGAUUUAUAGUAUUCCAUGGUGUGUACAAUAUACUAAAUAUCUAAAAAGGAUAUAGAUACGUGUGUAUAUCUAAAGAAGAGGUACAUGUGUGUGUAUAUCCAAAGAGAAGAUAUCAGUCUGGUAGUGGAUGCUUAGAGGUGUGUUUGAUAAGAGAUGUUAAACCACAGCUUUGUUUUCCAAGCACAAGUCCAGAAGAAUGUCAGGGAGGCUCCCCUGUCCCCCUACAAUUACCUCAACACUGUGUGUGUGUGUGUGUGUGUGUGUGUGUGUGUGUGUGUGUGUGUGUGUGUGUGUGUGUGUGUGUGUGUGUGUGUGUGUGUGUGUGUGUGUGUGUGUGUGUGUGUGGAGACCAGGACUGAACUCUGGGCCCACUAUGUUAGUUAUUGCAUGCAGUGCCCUGUAUGCACCAAACCAGACUUACCAGGUGAAGGCCUUACCACUGCUAGCCUGUCACUCUCCGUUUUCAUGACCUGCUGCAACGCCUCACUCCUCAUCAACCAUAACCAUAACACCUGUCCUCUUCAAGUUUAAGCAUUUUUGCUGUCCUAACAUCAAGGAACUGAUACCAGGCUGCGUGCUGUAUGUUAAAGUACUUUAUCCUUUAUCUACCCAGGCCUUCCAGUGAAGUGGAAGAAGCGUUUUUAGCAAUGCUCUGCUUUGCCUGCAUUUCCACCGUGCAUCUGAUGUUGUGCAUGUCUGCAUGGACCACUGUGUGGCCACGGGAGUGUCUGGGAAGCUGGUUAAAGUGCUCUGUAAUGUGAAAAAGCAACACAUGACAAUCCAAGGAAGCUGAACAACUGUCAUGUAUGAAGUAUGUGUGCAGUCAAUAAUUGUUGUUAGUUUGAGUUCUGCAAAACAAACUCAAAUCCAGCUCAUCUCUAUGGUAACGCUCAAACCAUGGGGAGACAAAGUUGCUUGGUUGUUAUCAGCAUCAAAUUAACUCACCCCCAUCAGUCAUGGUUUUCGUGGUCACCAAAACAGAUGUGAUCUGUACCAUAGAGAUCCUAUUGUAAUUCCUAAUUAUAUGUUCUGUAAAUUCAUCACCAUCUCACCCAACGAGCCUUUUCCUCAUCGGACCUCUUCUGUGACUCAAACUGUGGGAGUUCUAUUUGUACAGUCCUAUUAUUUGCCAAGACUGUUAAUUACUGGGCCCUAGUUGUAAAAUGUUCACCACGCAUUGCAUACCAUUACCUACCAGCCCAUUUUAAAAACCUAAGUGUGACAAAAGCCACACAAAAUAUACGAGUAAAUGUUUGAGAAACCAGAUAAUUUAGGACAAGCUGAACAUGGGGAUGGAUUUAAUAUAUAAAGUGUAUUUUUUUAAAGGCUAUGGAAAUAAAAGGUUUAUAUAAACAGUAUAUCAAUAUCUAGAUCACAAACUUGAAGUUUCGUUGCUGUAGAUCAUUUUAAACUGCCCUUAUUUAAGCAGAAAGAUGUAUUUUGUCAUAUUAUUAUUGGCCUUGUCUUUCACUAGAUUUACAAUUGGACUCAAUAUUUCCAUGUAUAUUCUUUUAUUAUUUAGUAUUUUAAUCGUUUUUCUGGUGUUCUUGUUGUGUUAGGACUGUUGAAGUGUUCCAUGUAGCUCUCUCUCAGUAGAGUAUUGAGUGAUAUUGAUUAAGUUAGCUAGGGUUAUUUGGAGAGGCCUUCAUCAAUGGUAGGACCCAGAGCCAUAAUGGGUAUCCCCUCUGACAUUUAACUCAGCCAGAGCUGCCAAUGUAAUCUGGCUGUACAUUCACACCUAAACACCCACUCAAACACUGUAAUCCUUCCCACAGACAUACAGCCAUAGACUGGAACACUGUUUCUCUUUGAUUGAUCCAAAGAGGGCUUUAAAAAACAAGCAACCGUUCAGUACAACUUUUGAUUUGAUUCUUUGAAAUCGUAUUUUGCAGGGAAUUAGAGGAUGCAUGUAUGAUUUGAAGGGUUUGUGUCUCCUCAUGUGGAGUAGGAUGUGUGUAGUUACUUGAUAAACGAUCAGACAUCCAUGUUUAGAUCCAGGUGUGGCUCACUGAGGGACCCAACAACUUCGUUGACCUUUUCAUUUCCGUCUGUCCAUUUCAGAUUGUCCAUCAGAGUUCACAGAUGUGUUCUUUCAAAACCUCACUAACUCCUGUUGUUGGUCUCCAUCUGUAAAAUGAGUUUAGUUUCUUUGCUUGUUUAUAAACUACAAUGCUAGCGAACCUGUUGGUUCUACUGGUACCAUAGACCAUACUUUAUCAAACUUCACUAAGGACUGCCAUAUGUAUUUCUGUUCCAAUCGAAAGAGCACACAAACAAAGUUGGAAGAAAUAAGUCAAAUGCUGUUUGUUUUCUUGCACUGUGUUCAGUAGUGCAAAGAGUCUUGGGCAGUAGUGAUAUACAGUGUGUUGUCAUCACAGAACACAAACCAAUUAAUCAGUCAAUUAUCACACUGCAAGUUUUGUUUUUUGUUCAUUUGAUUUUCUCAUUGCAAAAUCACAUAGUAUUCUUUUCACUUCAUUAUGUUUAAUACAAUGAGUUUGUUGACUUGUUUUGUGCCUCCAUUCAUUCAUUGUUUUAGACAUUUGAAUGUUUUUCCAUGAAAGGUUCUCUGCACGUGUUUUAUUAUUGACAUGGUUGUCUUUCAUUUGUUUAAGUCUAUUGUAGUCACUAUCAUGACUUUAAAUGAAUGCCAAUGUUUUACAUUUACUCAAAUGCUUCUGAUAUGGUACAUGUGUAACGUCUGAAAAAUGAAAUAAAGCAUGUUUAUUCAUCGAA